GAAGUUUUGGGAAUUGAAGCAGUGCGAAAAGCUAUUGAGCGUGAAAUGAAUCACGUUAUUUCGUUUGAUGGUUCCUAUGUCAACUAUAGACAUUUGGCUCUUCUGUGUGACGUUAUGACUGCUAAAGGCCAUCUGAUGGCAAUCACUCGUCAUGGCAUUAACAGACAAGAAGUGGGAGCUCUUAUGCGAUGUUCAUUUGAAGAAACUGUUGACAUUCUCAUGGAAGCGGCAGUUCAUGCUGAACAAGAUCCUGUGAAAGGUGUAUCUGAGAAUAUUAUGCUGGGUCAAUUAGCUAGAGCUGGGACGGGUUGUUUCGAUUUGGUUCUCGAUGCUGACAAAUGUAAAUUGGCUAUGGAAAUACAAACCGGUGGCGGCCUUUUGGGUACUGGCGGGAUGUAUUUUGGCAGUUCUAUGUCUCCAGCAAGCUCAUCGAUGAGUCCAGGACAAACUCCAUGGAAUGCCGGCACAACACCUGCUUAUGGAGCUGCAUGGAGUCCAGCAACUGAUUCAGGAAUGACUCCUGGUGGAGCAGGCUUUUCACCUUCAGGACACAGCGAAGGAGGCUUUUCACCUUAUGGAGGCAGCGGAAGUUGGAGCCCAGGAUCGCCUGGUGGAUCUCUCGGAGGAAUGUCACCAUCUGGUGCAGGUGCAUAUUCUCCGGCUAGUGACUAUGGUUCCGGUUUAGAAGGACUUAGCAGUCCGGGUUAUUCGCCGACCAGUCCGGCAUCUCCUUACGGUGCUUCAUCACCUGCUUAUGGUGUCAUGAGUCCACGAUAUUCUCCAACGAGUCCAAGUUACUCUCCAACUUCUCCAAGUUAUUCACCUACUUCACCAAGUUACAGCCCUACUUCACCUGGUUACUCACCUACUUCUCCGAGUUAUAGUCCUACCUCUCCAGGCUACUCACCGACUAGCCCAAGUUAUUCUCCAACUUCACCAUCUUAUUCACCGACUUCGCCAAGUUAUUCUCCAGCAUCACCUGGUUACUCACCAUCAUCCCCGCGCUACUCACCUACUUCACCAGCCUACAGUCCAACAAGCCCAACAUAUAGUCCUACAUCGCCUGCUUAUUCUCCGACUAGUCCAACAUAUAGUCCAACGAGUCCAUCUUAUAGUCCCGCUUCUCCUGGUUAUUCUCCAUCUUCUCCUCGUUAUUCUCCUACAAGUCCAACCUACAGUCCCACAAGUCCAGCGUACAGUCCUUCGUCGCCACAGUAUAGUCCCAGUAGCCCUCAGUAUUCGCCGUCAUCACCGCAGUACACACCAAGUUCACCAGCUGGCGAUGCCUCACCCGCGUAUUCGCCGACAUCACCGCAAUACUCACCAUCUUCGCCAAGAUACAGUCCAUCAAGUCCACAGUACUCGCCGACAUCACCUCAGUACAGUCCAAGUUCGCCAGGUGGAGCAGGCACUUCGUACUCACGAAGUUCACCGCAGUACAGUCCGUCAUCUCCACAAUACUCGCCAAGUUCACCACAGUAUUCUCCAUCAUCACCACAGUAUAGCCCAUCUUCUCCACAGUACUCUCCUGGCGAUUGA